UGGUAUAAGCUUUUAUCUAUCGCUUUUGUCGACCCGUCCCUGCCUCCCUCUCCCCCGUCGUAGGGAGAGCUCUGUCCCAUAUAUCGUCCCGUUCACUCUCGGAGCAUCACUUCUUAGACCCUAAUCCAUCUCUCUCCCAAGAGCACAUCCACUCCUCCUUCGCGACUCCCAUGGCGAACCCUGAAGCAGAGCUCCAUCCCACCCCUUCGCCGCUCCAAUCCCCGCCCCCAGACGUGCGCUAACCCCUGCUUCCCCACCCCCUCCACCUCCUCUCCUUCUAUCCGCUCCCAUGGAGCUCGCUUCUUCGAGUUCUCUAUUUUUCUCUCAACUUUCUGUUCGCCCAACCCCACCAAGAAUCCGUUUUUGCUCCAAGAAAAGAUCAAAUUCCCCCAAAUCUUUGAUUGCUUGCCACUUGAUCGGUCCUGAAGAAUCCGAUGACAAAGAAACCAAGAAAUCUCGCAUUGGAUUGCUCCAGCUGUCCGUAACCCUAACCGUGAUCUCCUCUUCGCUCCCACAAUCCCCGGCGCAAGCUAAGGUGGCGGAGAAGAAGCGACCGGCGAAGAAAAGUACAGAGGCUCUCUCCCCCGAGGAGCUCAAGUCUUGGUCUCGGGGCCUUCCGACCGUCGGCGACCGGAUCCCGUACACCGAAAUCUUAAAUCUGAAGGAAGAGGGGAAGCUCAAGCACAUCGUAAAAUUGCCUUCUGUCAAUUUGAAGCAGCGGACAGAUCCGGUAUUAGUCAUUCUUGAAGAUUCUAGGGUUUUGAGGACGGUGCUUCCAACCAUUGAGAGAGAUGAUAAGUUUUGGGAGUCGUGGGAUAGGUUGCAGUUGAAUUCUGUUUGUAUUAAUGCGCAUACUCCGCCGAUUAGGAAGCCAGAGGUUCCUAGUCCUUACUUGGGGUGGUUGGCGAAGUUUCCAAUGUCAUUCUUGAAACCGAAGCCGAAGUCGAAGCGGGUUUUAGAGCUUGAGAAGGCCCGGAAGGAGCUGGCGGAGAGGAGGAAGACGGAGCUGGCGAUGGUGAGGCAGGAGAGGGAGGAGAUGGAGAAGGCUCUCAGGGCUCAGAAGAAGGCUGAUGAGAGGAGGAGGAGAUUGGAGGUGAGGAAGGCCAAGCACGAGGAAUCCCUUCGGCAGGCGAGAAAGAACUACAGGCAAAUGGCGCUUGUGUGGGCUGACAUAGCGAGGGACAAGAAUGUCGCCACUGCUAUUGGGGCUUUGAUGUUCUAUAUCUUUUAUAGGACGGUCGUGCUUAGCUACAGGAAGCAGCAGAAAGAUUAUGAGGACAGGCUAAAGAUUGAGAAGGCCGAGGCAGAGGAGCGUAAGAAGAUGAGGGAGUUGGAAAGGGAAUUGGUGGGACUUGAGGGUAGUGGUGAGGAUGAGAGUGAGGAGAAAGGAGAGCAGAAUCCUUACCUUAAGAUGGCAAAGAAGUUUAUGCAAUCCGGUGCUCGAGUACGGCGUGCAAAUAGCAAGCGGCUGCCUCAAUACAUGGAAAGGGGUGUAGAUGUGAAGUUCAGUGAUGUUGCUGGUCUUGGGAACAUACGGCUUGAGCUUGAGGAGAUAGUUAAGUUUUUCACACUGGGAGAAAUGUACCGGAGGCGAGGAGUGAAAAUACCAGGUGGCAUACUACUGUGUGGGCCUCCUGGAGUGGGUAAGACGUUAUUGGCAAAGGCUGUUGCUGGUGAGGCUGGUGUGAACUUUUUCUCAAUUUCUGCAUCACAAUUUGUAGAAAUAUAUGUGGGUGUUGGAGCAUCUCGUGUCCGUGCACUCUAUCAAGAAGCAAAAGAGAAUGCUCCUUCCGUCGUGUUCAUUGAUGAACUGGAUGCUGUUGGCAGAGAACGUGGUCUAAUUAAAGGUUCUGGUGGACAAGAACGAGAUGCUACUCUCAAUCAGCUCCUUGUGUGCUUGGAUGGGUUUGAAGGAAGAGGUGAUGUAAUCACCAUUGCUGCAACCAAUAGACCAGACAUUCUUGAUCCGGCACUUGUGAGACCUGGGCGGUUUGAUAGGAAAAUUUACAUCCCAAAACCUAGCCUCAUUGGUCGUGUUGAGAUUCUGAAGGUCCAUGCUCGUAAGAAACCAAUGGCUGAUGAUGUUGAUUAUGUGGCUGUAGCUAGUAUGACUGAGGGGAUGGUUGGUGCUGAAUUGGCCAACAUAGUUGAGCUUGCUGCAAUUAAUAUGAUGCGUGAUGGAAGGUCUGAGAUAACAACUGAUGACUUGUUACAAGCUGCACAGAUAGAAGAAAGAGGAAUGCUUGAUAAAAAGGAUAGGAGUCCAGAGAUGUGGAAACGACUGGCUAUUAAUGAAGCAGCUAUGGCUGUUGUGGCUGUGAACUUUCCUGAUAUUAAAAAUAUUGAGUUUGUUACCAUUGCACCUCGAGCUGGCAGAGAACUAGGCUAUGUGCGAGUGAAGAUGGAUCACAUGAAAUUUAAAGAAGGAAUGCUUAGCCGGCAGUCCCUUCUUGAUCACGUCACUGUUCAAAUAGCACCUCGUGCUGCUGAUGAAAUUUGGUAUGGUGAAAAUCAGCUGAGUACGAUUUGGGCAGAAACAGCAGAUAAUGCUAGGUCAGCUGCGCGGAGUUUUGUUCUUGGUGGUCUUUCUGAAAAAUAUUAUGGGCUAUCUGACUUCUGGGUUGCAGAUCGUAUCAAUGAAAUUGAUCUGGAGGCAUUGCAUGUUCUAAACGACUGCUAUGAACGAGCAAAAGAGAUUCUGCGACGUAAUCGGGUCCUUAUGGAUUCUGUGGUCAAUCGGCUAGUCGAUAAGAAAAGUCUCACCAAGCAGGAGUUUUUUAACCUGGUUAGGGAACAUGGACAUCUGGAGCCUAUGCCACGCAGUAUUGUUGAUAUUAGGAAUAGCAAGCGCCUGCAGUUUCAACAAAUGAUGAUGGCCCAAAAGGAAUCAGCCCAUGGAAGCCGUGUGUGAGAGAUGCAAAGAGAACUUACCUUAGACACUGGCUUCCAUAUCCGGGGAUGGCUUCCAUUUUUCUGGACAUGUUCUUAUAAGCCAAAAUGCUGCACUCAGUUCCUGUCUAGAAUCUGGUUUGGAUCAAAUUUUCUUACUGCUAACCACGUGCAAUUUUUGAUCUUGUAUGGUCACGAAGGUGACGACUCUUCGGAUGUAGUCAUUCAUGUUCUCUCAGGCGAUUCCUCGUCAUCUUUUUUCUCUUUUUCUUUUGACAUGAUGUGAUAAUCUCCCAAAUUACUGAUAAGAGCUGCAAACAUCGAGUUUGGUUGGUUAAGAGGUUGUCCUGAGAGGUUUACUAGGUCCAGUUUCUCAGAGAUCUGAUCGCACAAGAUUCACUUUGUAAGAAUCUUUUAUGUAGAUAAUAAUUUAUGCCCUGUAAGGCUAAGCGGGUGUAUAACUUCAACUUUUCAGAGAUUUGUAUGGAAAACUGCUGUCCCGACACGCUGAUGAUGAUACUUCUAUUCA